AUGGAGUCCUGUGAAACUGAACCACUCAACAACCUCGGUCCUCCAGGUGCAGUCGGAGAAUUGCGCGAGCUCGGAAGACACAAGCACUUGCCAAACUUGCCGUCCAAACAGACGCCGGAGACUGGUGCAUUCUGGCCUAAGUUAGGGUUCUUCGUGCAGCCAGACGAUGCCCGGUGCCUGGCUCAAAGUUGGUCGAACAGCAUCUUCGACAGUUACCAUGCUUUGCGUGCCAUUCUCGAGCGACACGAGGCGACCAUUCAGAAGCGGUGGACAAAGAAGAGCAAAUCACAGCGUCAAGCAAUCCUGACCAAGGCUUGGCCGAAUAUGGCGACAGGGCACCGCCCAGAUUUCGCAGCCUACAACGCCUCUCUCGGUCAAUGGGACCUUGACAGAUCGAAUAGGACCAAGUGGAGAGAUCCCUUCAUGUGGCCAUACAUCAAUCUGCAAGACCUUUCAGAGCCUAAGACAUUGUUACUGCUUCUCAACGCUCGCGGCCGUCACGAACCCUGCGACUUUGCUGCAGUCGAUCAUGAGGCAAUGAACCUCGGAACCACCUUGAAUGCCAUCGUGCUCAUCUACGUCAAACCACAUCAGAUCAUGGUCCUCAAUGGCGCGACGGUGCCAGAUGAAUAUGGAAAGCUCUUGCUACUGGACAAAGAUCCUGAUGCCCUUGAAAAACAAUACACGACGAUGGAAGGCUUUACGAUCCUGGAGGCACAAAAGAAACUACUGGCUUUCUUGGUCAGUUGCUGCAAACAGAUUUUGCACGAUAUGCCCUUUGAAACCAUGAUCAGUGACGCGUUCCCAAUCAAGCCGGAACCGCAGCUCAAGGCUGAAAAUUUCGAUUCUCUCGCCUCCAUGAUGGCCGAGGCGCCCUAUCGCGUUCCAGCACAAAUUGAUUUUGACCGCAUCGAGGCUUUACUCUCCGCCAAGACAUCAGCUGCCGAGGAUCAUCUUUUGGCACUCAGAGAAGACCCAGGCUACUUCUCAGAGACACUAUGGGAGCUCGCGGAGCACUGGCCGGGAAACAUCAAGGACAAGUUUGGCAAAACCGAACCGGAGCUCAACAUUGCUCAGGGGUCCCUCACUUUCUGGGCCAGUGUUACCUGUAGGAUGCUCCUCUAUGCAUGUGGUGCACCGAGGACGUUUUCUGAUCUUCUGCGGCAAGCCCAAGAGUUACGAGUGCUGCAGACAAAGCAUUCCGCUGCCAUCUCGCCUUCGGAAGACCUGCCCAAAGAAUACCUUCGUGCCAUUCUCAUGUUUUGUUACUGCUUAACCCUCGCUGCAGAAGCGUCUUUGGACUUGCUAGGGCGUUACGGCCGAGCCUCUCCGUCUUUGCGCAAAUUCUACCUUCGAGAGCCACAGAAAGGCGACAUUCCAGGCACUUCCAAUGUGGUACAUAGUGAUGCGAAGAAAACCAAGGUUGAGAGGGAGCUUGUGGCCUCGCUUAACACGUUGUGUGGAACGGGAGAGGAUAUCCACUACAAGCGCCUGCCAGAUGUCAUGGACGAUCUGGAUCGUCUUUCGAAUUCGAAUUCGAAAGCAAAGGAGCUCAUAUCACCAUUCGUCGCCAGAAUUAUAGGCGAAGUCUGCGUCAUAUCACAGUGCCACAGGCAGCUCGAAAUUUAUCCGUGGGCCAGGGGUUUCGUUGCCGCAAUGAAUAAAUACAGAGUCGGUAUUGAGAAGGAGAUUGAGAUCAAGAACGAACGGUGGAAUUCCUGGCAUGAAGACCUUCAAGAUCUGAGAUGUACGACCAGCGCGCUCGAAAUCGGUAACGUCCCCCAAGGUAAAUAUGCUUACCCCAUUCAUAAGCGCCGCACAAAGGAGAACGUGGAGAUUUUGCGACGGUCCGAGGAGGGAUUGGACGAUUUCUGGUCCUGCGUUGAUAUGGAGAUGUUCAUGUAUACCGGAGAGGAUAGCGAUUUGGAUGCCCAGAGCCAGUUGAAGAAGUCGCAGACCAUACAGCGUACUCCAGAAUGGGCAGAGCCUAUCAAGCAGCCGGGGACAACCGAGACGGUUCAGGCUGUCAACGCCACCUCCGACGCCCUGCACAAACCCAUGUCCACAUUGUACAUUGGCUUUUCUCCCGAGGAGCCGAAUAAAUACCACAAAAAGACGCAAAAGACCAAGCUGAAGACAAGUGGAACGGCGAACUCCCCCUCGUCGCCCACGUCCAAGGAACCCAGCGAGGACCCGAGCUCGCCCGAGGUCCAGCCCACCUUUGAGAUCGACGCGCGAGCUCUCAAGGUGUUCCGCACACUCUUCCACGACCCCUCGGCCACGGCCACGCCGGGCGAGGUCCGCUGGCAGGACUUCCUACAUGCCAUGGGGUCGGUUGGCUUCGCCGCGGAGAAGCUCUACGGAUCCGUGUGGUCAUUCCGCCCUGCGACGCUGAAUGUCGACCGGGGAAUCCUGCUCCAUGAGCCCCACCCUCUCAGUAAGAUGGAUUAUCACAUUGCGCGCCAGCACGGAAGACGGCUGAACCGGGCUUAUGGUUGGGAUGGGGACAUGUUUGUGUUGAAGAAGAAGUGA